GGCACGAGGUAUCAUGGAGGAUCAGUAGGCAAACUGCGGUCAGUGGAGGAGGGCAACCACCGCUCUGAUCCCCGGUACUUUCUUAACUGUACGUCGCUUGCUUCUUAACAACCGCACCAUAUUUAUCAAUAUGGACAUGAAGAAGAGAAUCACUUUGGAGCUGCGGAACCGGAGUCCAGCAGAGAUUGUGGAGCUGGUGGUGGACAACAGUCGCUCAGCUGAUGGGGAAGUUGAGGGUCUGACGGAUGAGUUCACAGAGCUCGAGUUCCUUAGUAUGGUCAACGUGGGUCUGAGCUCACUGACAAAGCUGCCUUCACUGCCCAAACUACGUAAGUUGGAGCUAAGUGACAACAACCUGUCAGGGUCUUUGGAGACUCUUGCGGAGAAAUGUCCCAACUUGAACUACCUCAACCUGAGCGGGAACAAGAUAAAAGAGUUGAGCACCGUGGAGGCGCUGCAAAACCUGAAAAGUCUGCAGAGUCUGGACCUGUUCAACUGCGAGAUCACAUCCUUGGAGGACUACAGAGAGAGUGUGUUUGAGCUGCUUCCUCAGGUUACUUACCUGGAUGGCUUCGACCAGGAGGACAAUGAGGCCCCAGACUCUGAGGCUGAUGACGAUGAUGAAGAUGGUGAGGAGGGGGCAGGGCCAACCGGCGAUUAUGAAGAAGAGGAGGAUGAAGAGGAGGAUGAGGCUGGCUCAGAGGGAGGAGAGGUGGGGUUGAGCUUUCAGGUGAACCAGGUCAAUCAGGAAGAGUAUGACGAAGAGGAUGACUAUGCAGAGGAGGAAGAGGAACAGGCAGGUGUUCAGGGACAGAAGAGAAAGAGAGACGUAGACGACGAAGGCGAAGAGGAUGAUGACGAUGAAGACGAUUAGUCCUCCAGCUGACUGUCGCCUGUGUGUCAUCCUGUCCCGUCUCUGUCCGUCUCAGUCCUCCUCCGGACCCAAACCUCCACCAAACAGCAGCCGUGGCUCUGUGACCUGAGAUAGUUUCCGUUUGUAAUAGAAUCACUUGUUUAUUUUUAGAUAAUAUAUGAGAUUUACAGAGAAAGAUUUUAUCUGAACUUUACCUGUCGGUUCCAGCUAAAGACUCCAGACGUUUCCCUUUAAAACCUGGUUCAGGAUCAAACUGUCUGUCCAGUAAGUCUGUCUCCUCUCCACAUCCUGAACUCUGGUCCUCAUCUGAACAUCUGGAACGGCUGAAGUUUGGCUCUGGGAUCUUCCUCUGUUUGCUGCAGCUUCUACUGAUCUGAAUCUGUUCAUUGUGUCUUCAAGCACAGAAAUCCACCAAGAAAAGGGUUGAUUUUUCUUAAAGAGCUUCAGGGACAACUUUUUUUUCCAGCUGGUACUAAAUAGGCCUGCAGAUGUAAAAUUCUGCCAACAUCCAGAGAAGAUUCAAGAUCUGUUCGUCCCACAUCGGCUUCUGAACAAUUGGGAAAAAACACAACUGCUUUGAGUUCCUUCAGUUUCUGAUGAUAUCUUAAGUGGUGCUGCAGAUGCUGUCAAGUUACAAGCAACCAGAUUUACUUCACAGCACACAGACCCCCCUCUCCAUCAAGCCCUGGUGGUCUUGCGUGAUCACAUUUAAGUUAAUGGAAGAAACCGGUUCAAACAGAGCCUGAAUUUCACCUCUGAGAUUUGAUCAUCCAUCUGUUCCUGAAACCAUCCUGAGUUUUUGGUCAGUAAUCGAACCGCAGUGUAGCAGCACACUGGGACAUAUCAGGAAUUGUUGUCUGCACAGGUUUAGUUUGAAACUAUCGCUGUCAGGCUACAGGCCAGUUUGUGGUUUUCAUCUCCACAUCAAUGAGCAGAUUGGAGCUUUGUGGAUGAAGAAGCAGACGCAUGCAGCUCCUUCGUGUGAUGAUUUGGGUACAAGCUGAUCUGUGAUGCAACUUCAGAAUGGCAAGAAUAGAACCUAUGUUAGUGGUAUAACAUAAAAAUGUCAGACAGAAAAUGUGAUCUGUGUGUUCUUACAAGCCUGAUGCUGUUCCUCAAAACAGAUCUAUUAUAUAUUCAUGAAACAGAAGUAUAAUUCAGAAGUCUCUACCCAAUCAGUAAUUGGUGAAGGAAUGCAGAUGUCAGAGAAGGCCCUGCAGACCUCCUGCUUCGCAAAUGGCAAAGUUUGUGCCAGAUGUACUGGCUUGGAAACCUUAAAUUGGCCCAGACAAACCAUCGAGGUCUGCAUCUGCACCUUAAGGAGGAAGUCUAACCUGCAAGUUUCCCCUCCAUCUUUCCGGUGUGUCAAGACCUUUUGCUUUUUACCUUUUUUUUUGUUUUUUCUUUGUUUACCUUUUAAACAUCAGAGGUGAACAGAAAGCAAAUUAGUUCUCAGGAGCCUCCAGUUGACCAUUUAGUCUUUCUCUGAAUUCCUGAGCUUCAAACAAGACAGAGCAUGUGCUCCAAAUCUGAUUAACACCUGUUAAAUAGACCCAAGGAUAAGAAGCUGGGUUGUACUGCAGCCAUAUCAGUCUCUGGACUCUGCCAGGCCCUAACACAGGAGAGCUUCCACUUCAGCAACUCGCAACCUGUCAGGGAAGUUGCCCUUUUUCUGUUGAGGAUUACAUGGACUCUGCCGCCUCCACCCACUCAUAGUUAGCUCAGGUCCACAAAGGAGAUCCUAGUUAUGAUAUUGUUCCAGUGUGUGUUUGAUUUAAUGUAGGGUUUUUCGGGGGGAGGGGGUGAACGUAUUAGCUCUGUGGGUGGUUUUUUGUUUGUUUGGUUUUGGUUAAUGUGUUCUUUUAUUUUCUGUUUAUGUGUUUACUGAUCUAUGGCUGUCAAUAAUUCUUAGCUUGAUGAAUAACCAAGUUGCUCAUCUUCAAACUGCCCUUCCUUUCGAAAUGCUCGGACCGCUGCUGUGUCGCAGCUCGGGCUCCGCUUGAAACCACCGUACAGUUUACUUUUACACAGACCAAAGCCGGGGGUGCAUUCAGGUGUCUUCUGUCUCAAUAUUGAGUCAAAAAGUCACAAUUUUACAGAAAGAAAUUUCAUUGUUUUUAGUCAAGAAAAACUUUGAAUGCUCAACAGGCAACAUUUAGAUUCCAAAUUUAAGCUUACAGUCUAAGUUUAGAAAUCCUCUCAUAUUUUGAUUACUAGCUUCACAAUUUAGAUAAAUGCUUAGCAAAAUAUGUGACUAUGCCUGUGAUCUGGCUAGAAGAUCCUGAGCUGGGGCCAUAACAUCUUGUUUUACCAGCUUUGAAAUGUCUGAGCUGUCAGAAAUCACCUGAAGUCACCAGGUCUGCACUGCAUCCUGGGACAUGGAGGCUACCCUUCCUCCUAUUCUAAUUUCUCAGUUUGUGCAUCCUUAUUUAUUUUCCUCACCUCUUAGUCUCUUCCACUUCACACACAAACACGGGAGAUGGGAAAGAAACCCGAAGAAAGGAGGAAAGCACUGUUUAAUUAGAUGUCCAUUAAACAUGCAGUGUCUCUCCAUCAUCGACCAGUUGUUUUGGUAGAGCAAUUUAACGAUCUUGACCACAUAUACAUAUUAACUUUCAGGCCACUUUACAAUGUUAUAUAUGUCGCUCCUGGUUAAAAUGUCAGUUAUGUUAAAAAAAACUUGAUGCUCAAAGGGACAUGCACAAAAUAGAGAAAUGAGAACGUCUUCAUAUUCACAUUUACAUUUUUUUCAUCUCAUUUUAAAGUCAGAAACAGGGUUCACUCACAUCUCAUCUGAUUCAUGUGUUGCUGCUCUGUUUCUGCAGCCUUGUAAGCAGAAGUUUUUUACUUCUUGCUGUGUUCAUGUGGACUGAACCCAACCAGGAUGGAAAAUAAGUGACUUCAUUCAUUCAAAUAACAUUUGACAAGUGCAGACGCAGAAACAUAAAUCUGCAAAAUAUGAAUAAAUAAAAUUAUUUAAAAAAUUAAAUAAAUAAAAAAAAAAAAACAUCAGACGUAUAGAUGUUAUUUGUCCAGGUUCGUUUUUCUCCUGAUGUGUCCUGUUCAGUCAGCAGGUCUCUGCACAGCUCUGAUUUUAAUUAACUGCUGUCAACUUUUAGCUUUUCUCACUUUUACAUUCUUGGAAACAACACAGCAACUAAAAUGCACCCGUGUGAUGGUUUUUAUAGGAAAAUGUGUCUUUGUGUGAUCGUGACUAAUUUUUAAUUCACCUGACCGGGUGGUCCCCACACAGUCACAGUGGCUUUAAAGAUGUUUUACUGGUUCCUUGAUAACUAAAUUGAUUUUAGUGUUGUCUUCACUUAUUUCUGGGUGAGAAACCAGUAAAGAAUUCAGGACAGAGAGAAAUAAAACAGACACAGGGCUUUUGCUAACUGGUGUGUUGUGUUUCAGAGAGUAAAAGGAAAAAAGUCAUAUCUGUCAGACCUGCUGAGGUCAGGGUUACUCUGGUUUUCAAGGCAAUAUUGUAAAUAGAAUCGAGUUAAGUUACAGAUUUCCCAAGACCUUUGACAGUUUUUUUUCUCUAGUUUUCUGCAGUGAUGUAAUAGUAGACACCCCUUUUAACCCAUCAUCCUGGAUCCUCCGUCAGCCCUCCAUCGUCCCCUCUGGGGGAAAAAUUGUGUUUGACUUUUUGUGGUGUAACUAAAACAUGUUCAGGGGUUUUGAAUAAAAAAUACAAAAUGAG